UCUACAUAAUAAAAAUAUGUCUCUUUCAUUAGUUGAUUAUGGUAGUAGUUCCGAAUCUGAAGACGAUGAUCAACAACAACAACCUUUAACACAGGAAAAUACAACAUUUGGUGGUAGUACUGGAUUAAGUCAACUUUUACCGCCUCCCAAAAAUGAAACUUCAAAAAAGACAUCAACGACCAAGAAAUCAAUCUUUUAUAUCCCUUCUGCCAAGGAUCUCGAAGAAGAAGAAGAAGAAGAAGAAAAACCAGCCAAAAGAAUUAAACUUGGAUCAACUUCUUCCAAUAUAGCUGAUCUAUUGCCAGCUCCAAAACGAUCUCAAAAUCCUUUCCUCAAAACAUCAGCAACGACAGACACAACAGCAAAGACAAAUGUUACGACAUCUUCUCCGCAAUCGAUACCCAAAGUAGAGCAAAACAAAUCAGUACAAGGACCAACAAACGGCAAAAAAAUGGAUAAUACAGUAGACAGUGAAGAAGAAGAACAAGAAGAUAGUGACGAAGAACCAGAAACUACCACUAAAAAGGCAUCAACACAUAUUGGACCCUUCUUUCGUCUUGGAUCAAGUUUACAAGAAAAACCAGUCAUCAAACCUGCCAAAACAACCAACAAAGCUGAGAAUCAUUAUAAUGAUGAUCAUAGAAAGGACAGCAUAGAAACACAAAAUCAACAAAAACAAAAACAACAACAGCAAGCACUACCUGUUCUUGAGGAUCCAAAUGCAAUGUAUGCAUAUGGUGCCGAUCCUAAUGCUUACUAUCAAUAUUAUUAUCAACAACAACAAUUUGAAGAUGAAUCAGGAAAUAGUGGAACAUUAGAUGUUGAAGCUUUAAAUCAGUUAGGCGGGAAAAGACGUGGUGAACAUGCAGGUGUGAAUAUUAUAGACGUAAAUCAAUCAGAUAUGCUUCCUACUGAAGAAUGGAGAAGACAAGCUGAAGCAUAUCAACCCAAGUUACCAGUAACAACAGAAACAUUCGAAGUGAACUCUUUAAAGAAGAAAAAGAAUAAUAUUAUGGCUUUGGCAGCUCAAGCAAAAAGUAUGGAAUCUACUUUGGAAGAAAGAUACGCUCAAGAACGAAUUGCGAAACAGCAAGCACGAAAACGAUAUGGCUUUUGAUGGAUGCUCUCUCUCUCUCUCGUGGGAUAAAGGGAUGAAAUACUUUUUUUUUUAGACUAUCAUCAUUUUGUAUAUAUAUGAAAAAGUAGGGGGUUCUAUUUUGUUUGGAACUGAUUUUUUUUUGGUCCUUUUUUCUUCCUUCC